UCUCUGCUGAAUGAUGGAACCAGAAGCAUAUAUUUGAAAAGGUAUACAUCGUCUGCUGAGGUAUGGUGGUGGAGCCAAGCCGAGUAGAAGGAGGAUAUGGGUGGAUAGUGGUAGUAUCUAUGUUUUUCAUCUACGUGAUCCAUGCAGGGAUACAAGGAACAGCUGGAAUAAUCCACACUGAACUGGUAAAGUCGACGUCUGCUGACCUGGCGGUGAUUGGAUGGAUUGGUUCUUUGAUGGUCGGACUCUGUACUCUCUCAGCACCGUUUGUGUCCGUUCUGACCCAACUGAUGUCCUGUAGAAUUCUGAGUAUAAUCGGGAAUCUGCUCAUCAGUAUGGGGUUCUUCUGCGCAGCCUUUACUGCUUCCGUUCCGGUGUUGAUUUUUUGUCUCGGAGUUCUUCCGGGAAUCGGCAUGAAUUUAUCACAGUUCUCAUCAAUUAUCAUACUCAAAGGAUAUUUUGUGCAGAAGUUUCCUCUUGCUAUGGGGAUUUGUCUGUCUGGUGCUGGUGUCGGUAUAAUAGGAUUCCCGCCAUUUUUUGUUUACCUGCACGCCACCUUUGGAAUUAAAGGAGCCUUCCUUUUCUGUUCAGCCAUUUCUUUGCAUUCUGUCGUAUUUUCUUGCCUUUCCAGACCAAGCAAAUUUCAUUCUCGAGAAAACUCCUCGGAGAAGAGAUUAUCAUUUGCAGAACUCUUUGACUUCAGGCUUUUCAAAUCGCAGAACUUUGUGUUGUUCGUGACUGCACACCUUUUAUUCAACAUUGGUUACGCCGUUCCUUUCACAUACCUGCCAAUCAAAGGAGAGGAGGAGGGCUUUUCCGAACAGUCGUCUGCUCUCUUUAUAACGUCACUUGGAGCUGGGAGUUCAAUAGCAAGAAUAACAUUCGGAUGGUUCUCAGCGAGGUUUCCACUUGUUCGUACCCGAGCAUAUCUUGUAGCCGUUUUUAUGACUUCUCUGUCCACACUUCCAAUAGCGCUUUUCUCCUCCUAUCCAUUAAUAUUGGUCUGUUCAGCGAUAAUUGGUGCGGGUUCAGGAAUCACCCACACAGAGAUUCCUACGUUACUUAUGGGAAUGUUGGGAGUGGAUAGGCUACCUAGUAGUUUAUCUAUAGCAGCUCUUCAGCAAGGGAUUGGGUCUUUAGUAGGAAUCCCAAUCACAGAGAUAAUUUGUAGAACUGCUGGAAACAACGAUAUUGCAUUUUUCUUCUCCUCUGGUGUCCAUGCAGUCACCUUUCUAUGCAUGCUCCUGUCUUUCUACUUACCCGACAGAGGAUUACAAAACUUACCCGUACAAACAACAAAAUCAGACGGGAAAAUUAUUGGCGAAUCCAAACCGGAUGUCUUUGUUGUUGGUUUGUCGAAUCCUGACAUUAAGGGUCCGGCGGCAGCUUAAUGUCAUUAUAUUUUGGAUAAUUAUGCAUUUGUAUUGAUAAAUCAUUUUAAAAUGUG